GUUAGUUGUGCGAUAACAUAUGUCACUAAAAUGUGAGUUGACAUCAUCUAACCGUUUGUUAUAUGAUAUAUUCACAUCAACCGAUAGUGGUUAGUUGCUUCUCGAAAUUUAAGAAACAUGGUAAUUAUCCAACAGAGUUCGUUCUUCUUCGCAGAAUACAAAGCUGUAACCGAAAUAAAAAUAAUGUAAAUAGAUACUUGCAUAGUAGUAAAUUAUUUAACGCAAGACAGGCGUUUCAGUGUACGCUUGGGUUAUUGACACUGCUGAUACGUUUUAGACUUAUAUAUAUUCAACUGAGAUGUAUGUUUCGGCCGAAACAUUAUUGUCCGGACAAUAAUAAUUGUAAUUAUAUUACUUUCAAUUGUUACUAUCUACAAAAAUUACGGGGACCAUUUUUGCAGCAUUAAACAAAAAAGGGAGAGCCAGAUUUUAUCUCGUACAUAUACCGGCUAAUUAUAAUUAGUCUAUAGGUUAUAAUUAUCCCAACAGAUAUUACAAUGCUUCUUUAUUACUUAAAUUAUUGUGAGAGCUUCCCACUGGGCUUAUUUUGUACGAAAGCCCAGUCAAGCUUUGUUUGUUCAUCGAAUAUUUACAUAUGUAGAGGCUUUGAGUGUUAAUGAGUAAAAAGGUCCGAAGUCAAACAGUCCUUCGAAGCUUUAAAUCUCGAACCACCCGAUUUUUGUGGAAUUUAAAAGCAUACCUUUCAGGUCCCACACCACUCACUAAGGCUAACAUUUUGAAACCCGUGAGAUGAUCAUAAAGCUUGUUUGUCUUUGGGCUGUUCAUACUGUAGCGGUAAAUAAAUCCCCAAAAUAAAUAGCCCUGUGUCAUCCUUCAAUACAUUUGACUUAGUACAACUUAAAUGUAUUGCCUUAUUCCAGUUUUAUAAGUUCCUCACAAAAAUUUGUAUAUCUAGUCAAGCGAUACGAUAGAACCUGGUUGCACACACGUUUGCUGAAGAAAACAUUGGUGGUAGCUGACUUCAUUCUAUGUAGUCGUAUUGUUUAGUGCUGAUAGAUUUGGUUCUUAACGUGGUGAAUAUGUUAUUUUUUAUUUUGCCAAAAAAACUUUUUGACAGGUUUCAGGAAUGACGCCGUCGUUAUUUCACACUAUUCAGGCUCUUGCAUAAUAAAAGGAGCGUAUUAUUUUCCAUGGUAAAAGUAUUUUUUAGGUCCCCACUGGUAAUGUGGGAGCUACGUCUGGAUGGUUUUUGAUGACGUAGUCGGUUGUCGUACAAUCGGCGUUUGUAAAAAUACAUUUGAAUCUAAUUUCAAAAGGAAAAUGCUUCAUUAAACCAUUGAGUCUGCGCACACUAACUUCUCAACUUCCUAUUUCAUCAUAUUAAGAUUCAAAAACCAAUGUUGGUUUAUAAAAUUUUGAUACAUAUUUAGUAAUUUUUAGUAAAUUUUAAUAUUUAUAUUACGGAUUUGUAUAAUGAGUACAAAGAGAUGAUGGGCUAUAACAGUCAUUUUCUAGUAAGCCUUAGCAAGCGUCUAAUCUGUUUAUGAACGGGUCGAUAGAGAAUGCGCAAACCAUGUCUUCUGUUAGUAGGUCUCAGUAGUUGGUCACGUUAUGGGAAGGCCUGUAUACUACGUGUAUCUCGUUUGUUCUUGGAUUUUGCACUCGUUUGUCGCAUCCUCUGAGUUGUCAUAGCCCAGUUGAGGGAAAAACGGAGGACAUCCAGAGGAACAUAUACACUUAGAUCAUGAAAUUAAUCUAAUUUGCAAUGAUAUCCUGAAUUAAAUGUGGUGAACUGAUGAAAACUGCUAUGCGAUCUUAGUUGACCUUCGCAAGUUUAACUGUAAUGUAAUUGAUGAUAUUGCAUGUAUCUGUGUCUGUCUUCACCUUCCUACAUUACUCUUUGUCCGUUUAUAUAUAUGAACUUAUAUUCGUGUGAGGUUUCACGUGUCUUACAUUAUGUUCGUCGGUAAUAUAUGCUUUUAUUGGUUGGCCAUAAUUGAUGCAUUGAUUUGCCCGCUGAGUAAGCGGUUACUGAAACUACAAUUCACAUCUAUUUAUCUUCGUCCACAUUCCAAACUAAAUGUAUGAAAUAUAAAUUUUCGAAAUACUUCCUUUAUCUGCUCCCACACGAAAGAGAGCCAUGGUCUCAGUGUCACUACUUUAGAUCACUGUGAGACGGCUUAAAGCACUGUAGCUUUGUUCUCAAAAUAUAUACGACCUUCAUACCAUCUCACAAUUAAUCUCGAAAAUGAUCUAAAUCGACAUUUCAACUUCGUAAACGCAAACCUUUAGAGCAGGUCUAGGAAGUCUAGAAUGUGUCGGAUUUUAUUUUUUUCACCAGAACAGGUAUAUCAUUUGCUUGCCAGAAAGACACCUUUAUGAGCAGUCAAAUAUCUUACGUAACCUAAACGAUUGUUUGUAAACCGGUUUGAUUAGGUGAUUUUUAAUAUCAACACAUUUACGUAGAUGGAAACGAAGGGAUGUUUCAUUAGCUUGACAAAGUCUAUGAAUUUUUUUAUAGCAGGAUUGUCAGUGUUUGUUUCCUACACAGUGACAUUUCUUAAUACAAGAUGAAAAGAACAGAUCAUAUUUCGUGGAUGCCACUCUUGAUAUGUCAAAUGCCAUAAACCUGAUUCGUCGGACGAAUGAACUUUUAUUUUCAGUAGCCUAUACGAUGAUGCACGGAAGUAACUCAUUAUUGUGGGAGCUGACUAUUUUUACUGCAUCAUGUGAUUGUUGACUAGCCCAGGUGACGACAUAGACUAAUAUACAUUUGUUUUAGGCUGCGCUUUAUUUAGGGAUGAGUGAUAUUUACUGAAUCUUGUGCUGCGGAUCCUCCAUUUAUAAGUACUGAAUGAAAUUUAAAAUCUAGCGAGCUCCAUCGAUUUGGAGUGUUUUUACCUAGACGUAAAAUUACAAAUUCUCUUCUUAUUAAUCUUUUUGAUGCCUUUUAUUUGUCAAUGAAGGCUACAUGAAAAUAAUCAGUUAAGGAAAUGACUGAAGGUCUAGCGAAAGAAAUUGUCAGUAAGAUAAGAUGUAUGUCAGUCGGUAACAACGUAGAACUUCGUACGUACGAACAUCAGUUCGAGUUGCUACACCACACUACCACAGAGAUACAGUUGUCGAUUCAAAUCCCAUAGUGGUAGAAGUAGUAAGAGUAUAAGCAGUAAUCGGGAAGAUUAGGGUUUGGAGAUGUUAUUUAAAGAGUAUAACCCAGUGAAAUAAAUUUGGAAAGAGAAAAAAUAAGGGGACAUGAAGAAUUCAGAAGAUUAGAAUUAAGGAGAACACAGAGAGUGGAUGCACCUGCACCAUUGCAAACGAUUUUAAGCCAUAUCACUCAAAGUCUCUAACCAUCGGUUGCUAUUGUCUCACGAAUCCUAACCAGAUAAUCUACACCAGCCAACAUGACUCAGUCCACUUGUCAGUGACUUCAUGGACUUGUGCCAUGUUUUGGUUUGGCCGCCCCUAGCUUUCUUCCAACCUACUCCUAUACCACUAAACAUAGCACGUCGAGGUAGUCGGUCGUUGGGCAUACGUAACACGUGUCCCAGCCAUCUCAACUGAUGAAGUUUCACUACUUCAUCAAUUGAUUUGCCAUCCUUACCUAGUACCCGUUUCCUAACAACUGCGUUACUUACUCGAUGGUCCCAGGAUAUACGAGCAAUGUUUCGAAGACACCCAUGAUCGAAUACUAGUAACCUACGAAUAUCCUCUACUCUUACCGGCCAUGUUUCACUGACGUAAAGUAGGACGGGACGAACUGCUGCGCAGUAAACCCGUCCUUUGGUUGAUAGACGGAUAUCUCGCCUACACCAUAAAUGACGCAAGUUGGUAAAAGCUAGUCGAGCCUUCUGUAUCCGUGCUGAGAUUUCGUCACACACCAGACCACAAGGUCUGAUGAGACUUCCAAGAUAAGUGAAGCGAUCGACACACUCAACUACUUCACCCCCUAUCACUAGUUCAGAUGUUGAUGUAGCCCAAUCCUGAAGUAACAUUUUGCAUUUCGAGGGAGAGAAUCGCAUCCCGAACAUGCUUGCAUUGUUGCUUAGAGUGGUCAGAAGACUGCAUUUUGUCAGCGUCUUCACCAAAUAAAACUAUGUCACCUGCAUAUUCUAAGUCAACAAGUGAACCUCCCGGUAGAAGUUCAACCCCUGGAAAUUUAGAUGAGGAGAGUGUUAUCUCUAAAAGUACGUCGACCACAAAGUUGAACAAGAAUGGGGAGAGUGGACAGCCCUGACGAACACCACUUGAGGUAAUCAAUUCUGAUGACAGUUCGCCAUAAGGUCUCACUCUACCAGUUGUGUUCGAGUAGAGAGCCUUUAUAAGGUUAAUGUACUUCUUUGGUACUCGGGAUAAGAUGUAUGUGAAGACAAUUAAGUCUGAACGCACUUUUUCAAGAGCUUGGGUAAUUAAAAAACGAAAUGAUUCACCACAUUUAUGAGGUUUGCAAUGAUCGUUAUACUUAAAAUCAUCAUUGGAUUUCUUUAGUUUAAGUAAAACACAGCAUAAUGUGGAACAUAUCUUAUGUGUUCAUAGCUAGAUGGCUUUAACAGUUUGUUAUUUUUAACAACUGAGGGUCAGGUUCUCAAUAUAUCUUUCUGUACAAUAGAAAAAGCUUUAGAUAUCUUAAAUGGUGGGCUACGUGGUCUCGUUUGAAUUGUUCGUUUGAGAUAUCGUAUAAUGUGAUGCAGAGUAUAUGCUAAAUGGCAAGAGCCAAAAUAAAGCUCACCUUAUUGUAUCAUCAUCGUAUCCCAGUUUAGGCUGAUACAAAUUAAUUUCGGGCUCUACGUUAAUUAUUGUGUGACUAUCGGCACUAAAAGAAGGAAACUCCAUAUGAAUAUCCUUUUUGGAAUUUUUAAUCUCUUUUUGUCUGCCAAUAUAUCUAUAACUGUUUUAGCUUGAUUACGAUGAAUAUUUGCUGCACUGUAGUUUUGGAUUUAUAAACACAACCCUGUAAAUCGAUAAUGCAGAUAACAUGGAAAGGUGGUCGUAACUCAGUUGUGAUAGGUAGAUGGACUGGAAAGCAGAACUUCAUAUAAUGACCUUUAUAUUUUAUUUAGGCCGGAUAUCUAACCUCGAAAAUAUUAAACUUAAUAGUAAAAUAUAAUUUAAAGGACAUGAGAAAUGUGUACAUCCUUAAUUUGUGUUAAAGCCAAAUUUAAAACACUGAAUCCUCCUACCACAAUGAGAAAUCAUAUUUUAGAUGCCUAGAGAUACAAAGAUUACUGCUUAUGUAGACUGAAUUCAUAGGCACUUUAUAAUAGUGUUGGUUUCAAAAUGUUACUUACAAUGUAACAAAAAUCUUUAUUGUAAACAAAUAAAUGCGGCUAAUAAUACCUUUAAUAUUCUCAUUUACUUACUUUGAGUCUCUCGCUUACCCGCAAGUGCCAUAUACUCAAAAAAUUUAAAGGCUGUUCAGAAGUUCUCUUUUGACACAAAUACGUUUGGACCAAAACAACUAUUUAAUGGGAGCUACAAAUGUUAACUGUUGUCUUCAAGGAAGAAGCUCUCGUUAGACUUCAUUUGUAGCUGAAGAACGCUGACUAAUAAAAUUCCACACGCACUUUGAAUGCUGAUAUUACAGCUAAGAGUAGUCAUUUUUUGCCUACAGAAAAUAUAGUUAUUAAAUUCUGGAAUCGUUAUUCCUACCUUUGAUUGCGGAUUUAUGUUAGUCAGUUAUAUUGACGUCUUUAUGAGAUAGAAGACUCGGUGUGCGAAAAUUAGUUGAGAUUUAUAGAAAUCAAUCGUCAUUUGAUACAACAGAAUCCAGAAAAAUAUGAGACUUUAAGUACAAGUUUAUUAAAUUAUGUCAGAGCGCUGGUUGUAAAACAUUAGGAGUGCAAAUUUAUCGUAAGACUCAUUUGAGAAUUCUACUAUACUUCACUAUAAAUAUGCCUUAAAUUGACUGUUGGUAGAAGUUUUAUAAGUUUGUAAAUCACAUUGGGUUUCGUGUCAUUAGGCAUAUACGUUGAGUUAUUAUUAAUGACUGCUCAUCAGAGUUUUAAUGUAGCCAAUUUUUGUUUCAUAACUUUAGCCGUUUGUAUCUCAUUGCCAGUUAAGUUAUUUUUAGCUGUUCUUUGUCAUGACAGUAAACGGUAUUCCUAAGGAAUAUAAAUGAAUAAAACCUAGCUUUGUAAGGCAUCUACCUUCAAAGUGAUCGAAUAUCCCUCAACAAUACUUAGGUCAUAUAGGAAUGGGGAUUUUAAACCAACUUAAGGCUGUGGUUUUCAAAAGUAGAUUAUAUGGUAAAAAACUGGUUUGCAUGUUUGUGGAUUUGUUAGAUACAUUUCACUGCACACCAACACAUCUAAGUUCACUGCAAUUUUAAGCUAUGCAGGUCAAUGUCCCAUAGAAACUAAUGUAAUUUGGUAGCCGGUGUUUUCUUGAACGACCCCAUAACCUACGUAUUUGAUAUUUUAAAGAUAUAUUAUCAAACGGCAGGGUGCUUUGCUAGCUUUUUUAUACCAUAAAAUUAAGUUUCCAAUACUGAAUAAACAAAGUAAAUGACCUCAUAAUGCUUCGUAUUCACUAGAAAAUGUAUCCACUGCUUAAUGCUGAGUGAAUGCCUAUAGUUACAGCUUCGUAUCAUUUAUUGAUCAGAAAGAUUAUAUUCUGCAGGCAAGUAAGGGUCAGCAGGUGAAUCUUAAUUACAUCCAGUUCGUCUAACAAACAAAUAAAUUAGUUCAUCUUUAUAUUGGUUUUUUGAAACUUACCCUUGACGCUUAGGACUGCAAUUGAUCAGUCUUUUAUUGACAUAUGUGUACCCUGAGAGAAUUGCCUCGAUAUUACAUCAAGUCACAAGCAUUGUAUGUAGAGAUGGAUGGUGGCUAGAAGUGGGAUACUUGUGACCUGAGGCAAUAUCGAGGCAAUUCUCUCAGGAUACACAUAGGUCAAUAAAAUACUGACCAAUCGCAGUCCUAAACAUCAAUGAAAUGAUUAAAACAACUAAUACAAAGUGAAUUAAAUUUCGAUCUAUUAAACAAGCUUGUGGCUAUCUGGGUUCAGUAGUUAAGUGGAUAACUCGAUGGCGGAUGAAGUGAUUGGUACUGGAUUGGAGUCUCGAGGUGAACAUCGGCUCUGGAAUGCGCGGACAUUCAGAGUACCAGACAGGACGGGAUAAGUAUAUAAAUAACUAAUUACUGAUUCAAUAAAUGAGUAUAAAUACUAUGUAUAUUCUUUCUUGGUUUGGAAUUGAAAAGAAUAACAAUAUAAUUAAUUGUUCACUAGUAUUCAUCAGUAAACAAUAUUUGUAUUCUCAGUAGUAAAAUCAUUUUUUGAAAAAAAAAUCUACUCACAUCUAUAUAUAUUCAUACAAUAAUCAUGGAACUGGAAAUAAGAAAACCAAUUAAAAACCAACAACAACAGCAACAACAACAAAAUCAAGGAAACAAUGAAUUGUUACAUACAACUUCUAGUACAUUAUGCUCAUUUAUCUCAGCUACACCCAAUUGGACAAAUGCUGCAUUAAUUGGUGAACAUUUAUGGAAUGAUACAACUUCUACGGAAACGUGUUAUGUUGAUGAAUCAGAAUGUACUAAAUCUGGAGCGAAAAGGAAAUGCUCUGUUUGUCAUAUUGUUUGUCAUGUAAAUUGUCUUCCAUUGGUUCAGGUAUCAUGUAGACCAACGUUUCGUGAAGCAUUUAUUCAUGAUUAUCGAACAGAAAAAACUUAUACGACACAUCAUUGGGUUAAACGACGAAAACAAAAUAAAAAAUGUAACCAUUGUGGAAAGUCUUUACAAUCAAUACUGGGAUUUUCAUCUAAAGAAUAUAUAACGAUUCAAUGCACUUGGUGUAAAAUAGGUUAUCAUAAUAAAUCAACUUGUUUUCGUGAAUCAUAUUUCACUGAACCAUGUUCAUUAGGACCAUAUUCAUGUUUAAUUGUUCCACCUGAUUGGAUUAUUAAAUUAACUGAAAGAAAUAAUCACAAAUUAUCCUCCUCCCCAUCAUCAUCAACAUCAACACCAUUAACAUCUACAUCAAUAUAUCGAUCAAAUAGUUUUGUUACACCUUCAUGUUUAACAAAUUAUAAAUUAAAUUCAUCUCCACUACGUUCUUCAUAUUCUCGUCCAGAUAAUCUUAAUGAUUCAAAUCAAUUAAUUCAGAAUAUAUCAGAACAAUUAACUUCCAUGACAUCUAUAAUAACAAAUGAUGAUGAUGAUAAUAAACAAUCUAUUUCAAUGAGUCAAUCCAAUAUGAUUGAUAUUCAAUCGAAUCUAUCAUUUGUAAUUAAAACAAAUCCAAUCAAUAAUGUUUCUUUAAACCCAUUAUUAGUAUUUCUUAAUCCAAAAUCUGGUGGUAAUCAAGGUAUAAAUUUAUUAAAAAAAUUUCAAUGGUUAUUAAAUCCACGUCAAUUAUUUGAUUUAUCUAAAGGUGGACCAAAAAUGGGUUUAGAAUUGUUCAGUCGUGUACCAAAUCUACGUAUCCUAGUAUGUGGUGGUGAUGGUACAGUUGGUUGGAUAUUUUCUACUAUUGAUUCAAUGAAUUUUAAUACAAUACCACCAGUUGCUGUAUUACCAAUAGGUACUGGAAAUGAUUUAGCUAGAGCAUUAAAUUGGGGUUCAGGUUAUAUUGAUGAAUCUGUAUCGAAAAUAUUAAAAUCCGUUUAUGAAGGUCGUGUUAUUGCGUUAGACAGAUGGCAAGUGAAUAGUGAAGUACAAACAGAUUUUCAAACAACUCAACAACUAACCGACUAUGAAGAUGAUGAUUCCACAAGAAAUAGACCAAUUUCUGAUACAUUACCCUUGAAAGUUUUCAAUAAUUAUUUUUCUCUUGGUGCAGAUGCUGCAACGGCAUUACAAUUUCAUGAAUCAAGAGAAGCAAAUCCUGAAAAAUUCAAUAGUCGUUUAAAAAAUAAAUUAUUUUACGCUGGACUUGGUGGUAAAGAUCUACUUCGACGAAGUUGGCGUGAUCUAUCGGAACAUAUUACACUUAUUUGUGAUGAUGAAGAUUUCACUCCACUUAUCCGUAGUUUGAAACCACAUUGUAUAUUGUUUCUAAAUAUUCCAAGAUAUGGAUCUGGCACCUUACCAUGGGGUCAGCCAACAGCAGAAUUCCAACCUCAAAGAAUUGAUGAUGGAUAUAUUGAAGUCAUAGGUCUUACAUCGACGUCAUUAGCAACUUUACAGAUAGGUGGACAUGGUGAUCGAAUUUGUCAAUGUCGUCGUGUACAUCUUACAACAGAUAUAGUUAUCCCUAUGCAAAUGGAUGGUGAACCAUGUCGUUUAAUGCCAUCAAAAAUUGAUGUAUUCUGUUCACAUCAAGCAUUAGUCAUACAAAAAUUAACACGUUCACCUAUCUCAGCUGUAACACUUAACGAAGAUGGAAAUCAUCUACAAUGGAAAACAAUUGGUGGUUAUGAAACAAGAAUAAAUGUAUUUGUGAUUGCUUUAAAAGAUUAUAAUGAAAUGUCCGAUGAUGUAAUCAGUUUACGUCAAACUGCUGUGUGGAUCGGUAUUAUUACUGCAAAAUAUGAUACAGACUUAUCAACUGUAAGAAAAAUUAUUACUCAAUUGAAUAAAGAUAAUGCUCAAGAGAAUUUAUGCAAUGAAAACUCUCAAUCCAUAGAAACUAAUCUAAAAAUUCGAGUUCAUUUAUCGGAUUCUUGGGUUUUUAUUGAUUGUAAGUAAUUGAUUGUAUUAUACACUCUAUUUUUAUUGUUCUUAAUAUUAAAAAGAAUUUUGUGGAUAUUAUAGUAAUGUCAAUAAUUGAGAUCAUGAGUCAAUUGAAGCUAAACUACCACUAUGAAAACCUGAAAGUGCUGGAUGGCCGUUUCGUCUUAUUGUGGCACUCCUCAGUAGUACGCAUCUACGAUCUCUCCUCGCGAGAUUCGAACCCAUGAUCUAUCGAUCUCGCGCGCGAACGCUCACCCAUUGUUAAUAUUGUUACAUUCCAUGAUGUUUUUUACUUUUCAUACAGUUUAUAGCAGCUCAUGUGCAAUUGAGUUUGUUCACAUUUCAUUUGGCUAAGCCUUCUUUGUUAACUUAUUUAACGAAUAGAGUGGUCAUUCGUACAAUAACAACUUAUAUCAUUGUACCUUUAUUAUUGUUACACUUGUAUGAAUAUGCACACUUGAGUAUUGCUUACUGCCUACGCAUAUAUUCAUUCGGCUAGCAUUAUUAUUAGUCGUUCAAUUGAUUCGAUUAUUCAUUCGUUUCCCUAGGUAUAUAUAUGUACAUUUUAAUCCUGUUCAUUGACUCAACGACUCGCUGGUGAAACUUUAAUUUAUGAACGACCAUUGAGCGACGCUAGACUGACUUUGGGAGUGUUCACUUAAUAACCAGGACCUAAUGAGUGUUAUGAACCUGUGUGAUGAAUUAGAAUUCUUACUUACAGUUGAUGAUUAAGCUUAGGAAUUAUAUUUCUGGGUUUGAUCAUGAACUGACAUCAGCUAUAAUGCCAAAACUCUAUUUAUCCAAAUGGAUGAGUGAAUUUCGCGCCAAAAUCUGAAACCUGUUGUCUUAUACCUGAUUGUUUCGUCCAUAAAUUAUAGUCUCGCCUACUCUCACACUCAUUCGCUUGCCUGAUAGCUUUUCAGCACUACUCUUUCAUGUUUGUUUAACGUACCUGUAACUUUGGUUAUCUGUGCGUGGUGCAAUAAUAAACGUAAUCAACACUUCGUAUUCAUCUUCUAAUUAUUACACCGCUGAGGCAUUAUCUAGUGACGGUUAUCGGAUGAACUAUAUACGAAAUUUAAGGAUUAUAUUGAAUACCGACCACCACAAGUUACUGUCAAUACGUUUUAUUUACAAUGUUAAUUCCAAUAUAACCUAGUGUUUUCCCGUAUUGAUAUAUGAGUAGUUUCGUUAAAUAAUUUGUUUUUUAUGGUUCCGAAAACAAUUAAUAUGCUUAUGUACAAUAAUUGUACCCUUGUUUUAUGCUUCUUGUCGACUUUAUAAAUCUAUAGGUCAAGAAUUCUGUUCCAUAAAUAGUUUACACGGUAGUUGAUUGAGUAUAGAAUAUCAUCAUGUCUAUACAUCAUUUACAGGUAGUCCGGUUAUAAAUGCCAAUGCUUGGGAUGUAUAAUCAUCUGAAAAUCUUGUGCUUCAAUGAUAUAUACACAUUUCAAGGUUAUAAAACAUAGUAUAGAAUAAUAUCACCAACAGUUGGGAUUGUCAUCUUUGAAGCAUUUACCCCAUAUGAUAGAACACUUUAGUUAACAUUAUCGGGAAUGGAAGUAGGAUACUAAGUAAAGGUAACCAUUAACCAUCAGUUUAGGCUGAUAGAACAUGCAAUAUAAACGGCUAUUCCUGAUGUUGUCCAAUAUAGAAGAUUGAAAGAUGGGUAGAUGCUUCCAAAAAAGACCAUCCUUGUAUUAAAUCAAUGGCUAUUGGUUUUAAGAAUGUCAGCAGGCAUAAACUAUAAUCGUUGUCAUUUUGUAGGCACAAUACCUUUUCUUACUACUAAGAAAUUGAGAAUAAUGUUAAUUAGCACUCGGUGACCGGCUUACAUCAUAUGUAUAUAUUGUUCAAAAUAAAGAAAACAAGUGUUCAUAUAUCUAUGCAUAUCGUUGCAGUCUUACAACAACUGAAAAAACAGGCUCUGAUCAGAGUUGCCUGAAAAUUCCUUAUUGGCAGCCUAUGCUCUAAGUAAAGUAAAAAGGUGUGAGUAAAUAGGUGAUGUUGUUUAAUUGUCUGACUGUAAUUUACAUUUACAAAAGAAUAUGAUCGCAAUCCGUUUAAUGGGACAUCACCUAAUCAGCAACAACGGUUUCACAAAUAAUACACAUAUACCAUAAUCAAUAAUAAUAUCAUCAUAAGAGAAUCCCACUUUCUAUUAUCACCUAUUUAUAUUUACUGGAUAGUCACGAAUUACUUUCAACAAAGUUGUCGACUACAGUUUCAGCAUAAUUAGAGCUGUUCUAGAUCCCCAAAUCAGAAGUCCUUGAGGUUGCAAUUUAUAAAAUGUUCGACUAAUAAUGAUUUGAAUUAUGCUAACAAUUGUUUUAAUUUUGACAAUAGAUAAAAUAUGGGCGACUUUAUAGAGAAAUAUUACGAGUAUACUCUACUUCAUUCUUGUAUACAAAAUAUCUGACACAAGCACAGUUAGACAAAAUCAAACAUAAUAAUGAUUGUAAUAUAUAUUGUUUCUUGUUAUAACUUGUGGCCUGAGUCUCCUGUUAAUGUAUAACGUAGUGAUACCGCCAAUUAGAGAGCAGCGAAUUAUCGAUUGGACCAAUGACGCAUAAAACUCGUGCGAGCAGUCUGGAGUACUUAUCGGUCGUGCUUCCCGCCUAGCCUAGACCAGCCAGUUAAGUUCAGGCCACCAAUCUCAUCCUCUGCAGUAUAAAUCGUUUAUUUCAAACAUACUGGGUUUAUAUACCAACCAGACAGACCACGUCGUAUCAUAAUAUAUGGAACAACGUUCGUACAAGAUUUAGCUAAAUGUGACUGUGAAUCAGGGAGAUAGUAUUUGAUAAACAAGUUGUGGUGUGUGCUACUUAUAUCGACAUAAGUAGUAUAGAAUGUUAGUCAUGAACAGAAUGUGUGGUAGCAGAGAGACAAGAGGAUCAAACGGUAAAGAAUGGAAACAGAAUGAAAUUUGUAUGAAAAUGCAAGAACAAUAAAGUCUGAGACAAUUGAUGGACAUUUUGCAAAUUAAGCAUUUACUAUUUGAGUGUUGGAUUUUAUUAGCAAAUCCUGUAAGUUUGAGUGAAAUACAUUCGGUUGUCUCCACUCGUGUUCUGUUCAAUAUAAGGUCAUAAUUCAAGAAUGGUAAAUCGUAUAAUAAUAGUUCAUACAUCAAAAUGAAGCUUAUGAUAAGAGGAACACGAAUAUGAAUAGUUCAGUUAUUUAGCAAUUAUACGAUAAAAAUAUACGUAUAGUACUGGUCGACAAAUAGAUCCCAACACUUAUCAUUCAUUAUGCUUAUGUAGUUUAAUCACUAGCAAAUGAUAACAAAUAUAACUGUUCAGAAAUAGACUACAGUCAAGUUGGUUAAACGCGGCGUACUCCUCAACGACAUACUUAAUAUCAAAUCAAAUCAAGUAUAGUUCAUAUUAUAAUCUUUUUUUCUCUUUCUGAUCUUCAAUUUACCAAUUAUAGGAAUUCCUUCUAUUCAUUCAAUCUACUAUGAAAAAAAGACAAACUAUUUAACGUUAGGCAAAACAUGGAUCAAUUAAUUGAACACUAUACCUUCUAAGAUAUUGUUAUAUCUUAUGACCGCCGAUUAGGAGGUAGUGAUUUAUCGAUCGGAUCAAUGACGCGUAAACACGUUCGAGCAGUCUAGAGUUCUGAUUGGUCCUGCUUUUCGCCUAGCCCAGUCAGUUAAGUCCAGAACACCAGUCUCAGCCUCUGAGAUAUGAAUCACUAUAUUUCAAACAUACUCUGUUUAUAUACAAAUCAAGCAGACCACAUCGUACCAUAAAAUAGAAAACAAUAUUUGUACAAGAUUUGACCAACAGGAAAAUGACACUUGAAAUAAAUAUUGACCAGUAGGAAAUGAUACCAUUCCAAGUCCAAGAAUAGCAUUAUACUUAACAGGAUAAAUUUUGGGAUAUUUUUCUGAAUAUCCCAAGAGAUAUUCUAAGAAUACUUUGAAUAGUUGAAAUAUAAUUAAGUAUAUUAUAUUGUCAUAUGUUUGAAAUGUUUUAAAGUAAAGAAAAAGGUUGGCAUAUAAAAAGUAACAUACUACUUUCAAUAUAAUUUCUUUUCUUUUUUUUUUCUUCUUCUUCUUCUUCAAUAAAUCAAUAUAGCAACCACUGCAGCUAGUCGAUUUUUCCGUAUUGAUAUAGAACAAGAAAAUGUACAUUUUUUAACGGAUGUUUGUAAUAUGGAAGAUUUAUUUCUUAUUGAUUCUAUAUUAGAAUCCUCUUUGACAUAUAAUAAUAAUAAUGAUAAUCCAAUAGCUAAUUCUUUAAUUGAUCAUCAUGUCUUACUUCCAUUACCAUCUAAUUCAUCAUUACCGCAAGAGGAUAAUGAUGAUAAAGAUGAUAAUGAUGAUAAUCAAUUAAAUCGAUCAGGAGUCAAGGAAAGUUUAACAUGUGAAACAAGUUAUGAAAUCAAAGUUGUUGAACCGGAAGAUGAGAAUCAAUUAAAUAAUAGAUUACAUCCAAUUGACGUAAAUUUGUGUUUUGAUUAUUAAAGUUAUCAUUUCUUUUGUUGUUGUUGUUUAUUUAUAUCCGAUAUUCUCUUCAAUGAAUUAAAUGACAUUGUGCAGUGUGCUUUUUUUGCUCUCGUAAUUUCUAUCCACCACAUAGCAGAAAAUGAAAGAUUUAUGUUAAACAGAUGACUCAAAAGUUCGAUUCGUUCUUCCGGAAUAACUUUACUGCUUUAGUAAUUGUGCUAGUAUAAAAUAAAUAAAAAAAACUUGAUCGAUAGCAUUUUUCUCUUUAUCUUAAUGGUGUUGAUCGAAUAUUAUCGAUAGAGUUUCAGUGUAACAGAUUGUAUAAUGGAUUCGAUAUGACUGUUCAUUAUUUUGAUGAAAGAUCAAUGAUGAUCUAUAAGAAACAUUGAGCUCAUGUUUUGAACCAGAUUAGUAGAUAUUUGUUUAAUAACAUGAAAUCAACUGUAUAAUAAUGAUUUACAUUGUUUAUAGACUUAUGAUAAAAACUUCAUAUAGCAAAUAUUCUUAAAGUUGCCUAUAGUAUAAAAUCUAAUAUACUUACUUUACUUAUGCCUGUUACUCCCAAUGGAGCAUAGGCCGCCGACCAGCAUUCUCCAACCCACUCUGUCUUGGGUCUUCUUUUCUAUUUCCAUCCAAUUCUUGUUCAUUUUUCUUAUGUCUAUCUCCAUUUCCCGGCGUAAUGUGUUCUUUGGUCUUCCUCUCCUACUUUGACCUUGAGGAUGCCAUGUGAGGGCUUGCCUUGUGACACAGUCGGGUGCUUUCCUCAAUGUGUGUCCUAUCCACUUCCAGCGCUUCCUCCUGAUUUCUUCCUCCGUUGGGUUAUGGUUUGUUCUCUCCUAUAGUAGGUUGUUGUUGAUAGUGUCUGGGCAAAAAAAUGUAAUAUACAUACAAUUUAAAUAAACUGAUGUUUGAUAUCAUAAAUUCAACUUUCAAAAUACUUAUCUGAUAUAAGCGAAAGGAAUUAAAUUCACUUGGUGUUGUUUUACUUGUAUCUUCCGAUUGUUAUUUACGACUGUAAUUGAUCAAUCUCUUAUUAGCAUAUGUGCAUCCUGUACGGACUGCCUCGAUAUAGCUUGAAGUCACAAGCAUUGUAAGCAAUGAUGGAAAGCGGCUAACAGUGGAAUUCAGGAUGCGUGUCACUUUGUCCUAUUUGCGAAUCGUCAGUUGGAUGUACCUGGCAUCUCAGAGUUGAUGGGACUCGAACCCAUUACCGUUAGCUUCAAACGCCAUCGCAUUUUCCAUUUAGCUACUGAGUCCUGAUAGCCACCUCCAUGUGCAAUGGGGUAAAGUUUUAAUUCACUUGGUGGUGUUUUGCUUGUGUCGUCCCAUUGUUAUUUAGGACUGCAGGUGCAUCUAGCCGACGAGUCCCGAAUAGGACGAAGUGGCACGCUUCCUGAAUUCCACUGUUAGCCAUUAUCCAUUUUUGCUUGAAAGGAAUUAGUUGAAAAAAGAAUACCAUUUAUGAAAACAUGAGAAUAUCAAACAGUUAGUUUUAACUAAUUCGAAGAAACAUACAGUGAGGCAUAAAAUCUGUAAGACAUCAAUUUAAAAAAAAUACAUCAUAUUAGUAUAAGUGAUUCGUUAUAAUUAUUGAAUUUUACAUUUUACAUCAAGAACUUACCUUAGACAACCAGUAAAAACCAGGAGAUUCUAAACAGUUGAGAUGGUGGAGAAGAUUUGUAGCUCAGGUGGAUGAUUUUGGUGGAAUUUUUUCUCUGAGCUGGAUGACUUGGCCGUGUUUUUUUUGUUACUGGUUGUUUCGACAGGUCGACCAUGCAGCUGUUUGUGUUUUCUCCUAUGAGUUGUUUUGAGAUCCCAAUUAGUUUCUUCUUUGUUCUCUGUGUCGUUUGCAUGAUAUUUCGAUGUCUGUUGUCAAGAUUUUCAAAUCUUCUGACGUGAGUGCCCUUUGUAGUUUUAUCUCUUGGUCCUCUAUAACGUGUUGUUAUUUGCGGAUCCUGUAAUAUGCAUCCGUUAUCAUUAGGUGUACCAUUUUUCUUCCACUUUGCUCAGCUAUUCUCCAUCCCACGACCAAACUAUCCAGCUCAGAGAACAAAACUACACCAAAAUUCUAGACAGUUGUUUCAUCGUAGUAUAAAACUCCAUAGUAGCGUAAAUAAGGCAAAAUCCUUCAAGUCUUAUGGAGAGCGCUCAGUUAGUUGCUAAUCAAUGGUUCAUAUUCAAUCCAUUGGUGAUAUUCUAUAAAUAGAAAUGAUUUUCUCCUGGAGAUUACAUUUUUCGAAGUCAUAAAAUUGGAUAAUAUAUCAUAAUAAUAGACUACCAUAGUGUUUAUUACUAACAAAUUAUUACAUUUUCAACAAACAAUUUAUUAAAUCUCCUUUUUGAUCAUUUUAGGCAAGUAAUCUUAUAGCAUCCAAUAAUGAGAAUGAGAAUGAUGAUCAUGUUGAUGAUAACUCCAUCGACGACGAUGAUAAUGCUGCUGCUGAUGAUGAUGAUGAUGAUGCUGAUAAUGAUGAAUGUCUUAUUAAAACUCAAUCACAAAAUAACUUCAUUUCCACAAAUAAUCCAUCUUUUGAAGGGGACAUUUUUAGUCCGUAAGUUACAUUAUAUAAAUUCACAUAAACUGUGUUCUUUCUUUCUCUCAUUUGAAUUAGGUCGAUUAGUGAUUAAGAACAAUUUUAUGUUUUAUUAUUCAUAAUUGUACCCAAUUCAAACCAUAUAACAGUUAUAAAUAAAUAAAUAAAACUACCGAAUUUGUUAUUAAUAUGCUCAAUCAACAACAGGUAGGCUGAAUAACCUUUUUAUUUUAAUCAAAGAAAAUUGCUUAUCUUUCUUUCUUAUAUAAACUGGUAACUAUAUUUAAAGAAUGAUUUUCAUUAUGAUUUGAUUUCAGUUGAAACAUUUAUAGAAUAUUGACACAGCUGCUUCAGUCAGUCAGUUAGUCAUUAGUUUGUAGAAAGAAUGAUAUAAAGUAAUCACAAUCGAUUGAUCACUGGGUGGUGAUUAAUGUCAUGUGUGUCAAGUCCUUAUUGGUGCAGAUCGAAUGCUGUUGACCAUGCUGCAAUGUGGCUACCAGUCUAGGUGACUCGAUAUUGCGUGCACUAUGUUCCGAUUAAAUGGUGGUUAGAGGCAGUCAACAGCAAAUCCUGGACCCGGGUUUCGUGCUACUUGGCACUCGUCAGUAAGGUGUACCUGUAAUCUUGAGGGAACUGGUGCUCCCUAACGGAUUCGACCCCGUGUCGCCCAGCUUCACAACCAGAAACGUUACCACUGGGCUAUCCAGGUCGCGACCGAUCUCCUGUAGAACUGAGAUGUAAUCACAAUUGAUUAAUCACAAGAGGGCUGACCAACGUCAUGUGUGUUUCAAUCUAAUCUAAUCUCAAUGGUAUAAAGCAAUUUUAUUCUCAUAGUUUAAGGGAAGAGAGAAAGUGUAUACACCUACACCAUUGUGAUCGAUUCUGAGCCAUGUCACUCAAAGUUCCCAACUAUUGGUUACGAUAGUCACGCGGACCCCAACAAAGUAAUCUGCAUCCACCAACAUGGUUCAAACUAGAAUUUGGUGACUUCAAGAACUGAUUCCAUGUUUUGGUUGAUUUGUCCGCACCUAACUUUGUUCCAGCCGUCUCCAACGCUAGUCAGCAUUGCUUGUCGUGGUAAUCAGUGUUCAGGCAUACGUAACACAUGACCCAACCAUCUUAGUCGAUGAAUAUUCACAACCUCAUCAACUGAUUUACCAUCAACCCCUAAUACCUUAUAUCUAAACUCACUAUCACAUACCCGGUGAUCCUUAGAACAAUACUAAACAUUUAAAAAUUGACUUGUUAAUUUUCAAAACGUUUUUUUUAAUUGAAUUACUUAAACUGUAACAUUGAGUUUAAUAUCUAUAGUUACUAUUUAUAAAAGUAUAAAGUUGCAAAAGAUGAAAGUUGACAAUAUAACCUGUAACUUCUAUCUCUUUUUGAUGGAGUUUUGUUCUCUAAGCUGAAUGGCUGAGUCGUUGAUCUUUCAUCUUUCUUCUUGAUCGUUCAAAAGAACGAUAAAAGCUCCACGAUCAAACCAUCCAGCUUGGGGAAAAAACUCCAUCAAAACCAUCCACUUGAGCUACAAAUCUCCACCAACUUCUAUCUCUUUAAAUUCAUCAAAAUCCAUAUGAUAUAGUUAUAUUGAUUAUAGUAAGUUCUCACGUUAUCAUUUACAGGAUUCAAUGAAAAAGAUCAAUCAAUAAUCAAAUUAGUUAUUGAACAUAAUAGAUCAACCGUUUGAAAGUGACCAUUAUUAUAAAGAACUGCUUUAUAUCAACAUAAUUUUUCAUUGGUUACUCAAUAUCUCCUCUUCAAAUUUCUAUUUUCGUCUAUCACCAUUGAAUAUCACCAUUUUGUAUAAUAAGAAAGGAUUUCUAUCCAAAGUUCCAUAGAGCUUUUUCAACAGCUUAUCGAUUCUAAGUGGAAGGAUUGUGGAUGCACGUUGCUAAAGUGUUCUACACUAGAAGAAAAAAAGAAGAAACAAAUAUCCAAUGGUUCGUGAUAGUCACGCCAAUAAGGUCAACUCUUUAUGUAGAAUGAAACUUAAAAACGAUAAACAAAUGAAUGAAAAUUUAUUUACAGAAUACCUUUGAAAGUAGACAAAAGUUCAGCUUAGAAAUCGAUUAAACAAGACAAAUAAAUGGAAUGGAAUGUAUCUCUGUAUUUGAACAUUUCAAGCUCAUUGUAAUGAAUGAUAUCUGUUCAAAAAAAAUUGUAAUAGAAAUUGAAUAGACUAAUAAAUAGCAGCAUUUCGUUUCAAGCUUCAAAUUAUUGCUUUAAAUCCGGUUAAUAUUGUAGUGGACGAGAACACAAUUGAGGACAAUGGAAUGUAUUUGAGCACAAACUUACAAAAUCUCUUAGUAAAAUCUGAGAACCAUACAGUAAAUAGUUCAUUUGUAAAAUGUUAAUCAAUUAUCUUAAACUUGACUGUUCCUUUAAUAAAUAUCACUCAAUCAUCUUAGACUUCAUUGUUCCUAAAUUCUCAUACCAAUUGCUGUCUGUUCCCGUUCUUUCUUUCUCAACCUUCUGCCGCCUGACAUUCUAAUCCUGACUAUCGUUAUAUACUACUCAUGUCGAUAUAAGUAGCAAACACAUCAUAAUAUGAAUAAAAGUUGUUUAUCUACAUCAUUUUAAUUACUUACUUACUUACACCUGUUACUCCUCGUGGUGGAGCAUAGGUCGCUCACCAGUACUCUCCAUCCAACCCUGUCCUAAGCAAUCCUUUCCAGUUCCUUCCAGUUGUUAUUCAGCCUUUUCAUAUGGGCUUCCAUUUCCCGACGUACUGUGCUCUUUGGCCUUCCACUUUUCCGCUUCCCUUCAGGAUUCCAAGUUAGGGCUUGCCCAGUGAUGCGGUUUGACGAGUUGCGUAAUGUAUGUCCAAUCCAUUCCCAUCGUCUUUUCCUAAUUUGCUUUCCAUCUGGAAGCUGGUUUGUUCUCUUCCACAGAAGGCUCUUGCUGAUGGUAUCCGGCCAAUGGAUGUCGAAUAUCUUGCGAAGACAACUAUUUAUAAAUACUUGUAUCUUCUUGACGGUGUUUGUUGUAGUUCCCCAAGUUUUAGCUCUAUACAGUAGAACUGCCUUGACGUUCGUAUUGAAGAUUCUGACUUUAAUAGUUUUUUACAGUUGUUUUGAGUUCCGUAUGUUCUACAAUUGUAGGAAUGCGGCCCUUGCUUUGCCAAUCCUCGCUUUUGCUUUUAAUUAAGUCUAAGUAGAAUAAUGAACUUGUAUUCUGUUCAAACACAUUUUUGACUAUUAUUCUACAAUUGCCAAUCAUUUCUAGACUAGUUCAUCAACUCUGAUCAUAAGAACUGAUUUUAAACACUAAUUAUCAAAUGAGAUAAUAUCUGACUUAAACCAGAAACGUAUACACAUCAGAAAUGUUAGUCAAUCAUUAUUUCAAACCAGAUCUAUGAGUCUAGAAAAGAUCUAGUCAAGUUCAAUCAAGUCAUUUUUAUUUGUUUAGUUGUUACCUUUGAUCCAAGUGAAUUAUCCUCGUUCAUUUAUACUUAUUUUCAAGUGACUAUACCAUAUUACCUAUUGCACUGUUAUGUAACAUUUAUUAGUUUAUACAUUCAUUUCUUUAUACUUGAAAACACUUUCAUUGAAUAGUUAAGAGUGAUCCAAAGCCUUUCUGUAUUAUGAUAGACAUAGACGUACAUUAAAUGUGCUAUAAAUACAAUAGGACAAAAUGAGUAAAUGAUACCAUUGAUUAGAAAAUUCUCUUCUUUUCUUAAUUGAAAACUAAUUUCAGAAGGAGAUUUUUGUGGAUAAUAUAGUAAUUUUAAUAGAUGAGUUCAUGAGUCAAUCGGAGUUAGACCAACAUGGAGGACCUAGAAGCACUAGAUAGCUGUUUUGUUCUAUUGUGGGACUCCUCCUCAGCAGUGCGCAUCCAUGAUCCCACCACGUGAGAUUCGGAUUCAGGACCUAUCAGUCUCGCACGCGAACGCUCAACCUCUAGACCACUGAGCUGACUGGCAUCCAAUGGUGUUAAUGUCUAACUUCAACCAGUCCACGAAAAUGAGAGACACAUCCGCCAUUGUUUUCAGUGAGUUACUAUCUCACAACAGACCUGGUUGAACUCAACUGGUCUCUGCUUCUCACUAGAACUCCAAGAAAUACCUCUUGAUGUCAGUCACUAGUGAGCGUACGUUGAUUAAUACGAGAAGGGGUUUUGUGGAUAUUAUAGUCAUCUGAAUAGUUCAGAUCAUGUGUCAAUUGAUGUGGAUACAUACUGCCAAGGAGGAGUCCCACAAUAAAACGAAAAGGCCAUCCAGUGCUUCCAGGUUUUUCAUGUUGGUCUAGCUUCGAUGGACUCAUUAUCUCAACUAUUAAAAUUAAUUAAUGUAAAACAUUGUAAUUAUCCACUUCUUAUGAGAAAAAGAAAUUAUAAAUUAAACUGUUACAAGUAUUACAAUUUCUAUGCAUAAGAUCUGUGAUAUCUGCUACUUAUGUUAACAGAUAGAAGUAGUAUGUAACAUUAAUUCGAAGUGAAAUGCCUAGUAAUAGAUGAUUGUUUGAAGAGAGAAUUAAAGACCAAAGGAAAAUUAACCAAUAGCCAUUUGAAAUAACAAUAAGAAUGAAGUUUGUAAAAGAUAACUAAUGUAAGAGAUAUGAAAAUUAUGCAUUUAAUGUAUAGUUUUUAGAUUUUAUCAAGAUUUUCUGUAAUGUUGUAUUAAACGAUAGAUUGAUCUUUCAAAUUUGACUUCUUCAUUCACUUCAGAUCUACAAUAUUGCAUCAUUUAGAAAACACCGACGAUAUUUCAUUGAGAUCAGAUAAAAAAUAUUGAAGACUUUUUUGAACUGCUGUAAAAAAUGUCAGCAGGAACUCCUGACCGAAUAGUCUUUUUGUUUUGUUCCUUGAAACUAAUUUUUGCGGUUCAAUCAUAUAGAUUGGGUUGAUAAACUCAAGAAUAGAGAAUGAUGAUAUAAUCAGUUCAACAUUAUAUCUAACUCAAGUUUUUGAUAAAAAAUCCCCUAGUGACAAACAAGUACAACAAAUAGAUAAUAAAAUAAAUAAUAAUCCAAUUGAUUUAUGCCAAGAUAAUCCUUUUAUGUAUACAAUAUAUGAAAUGAAUCCGUUUAAUUAUAAAAACAAUCAUACCAUUACUAAUACUAAUGAUGAUAGUGAUAACAGUAAUAACAGUACUACCACUACUACUAAUAAUAGUAUUCAAGAUACAUCAAGUACUUUAACAAAACACUACUCGACUAAUAUUCUCCUUAAUAAUAAUAAUAAUAAUAUUCCAAUCGAUUUAUCAUUGUUACAACAGCAUGAUGUAUGGUCUUCCCCAAAUGAUUCCAUUAAAUUAAUCAAUUCAAAUAGUGAUGUAAUAAUGAGACAAAAAAUUGAAACUGAAUUUCAACAAUAUAAAGAGAAUAAAGAACUAUCAUUAAGAAACUAUGAAAAUAAUAAUUAUACUAGUGAAUCUAGUAAUGAUACAAUGGAAAUACAAAUUAUAUCGAGCGAUGAAGAUAACGUUCAUAAUAAUACCACUACUAUUAAUGAUGAUGAUGAUAUUGAUAUGAAGGUGACAGCAUCUAUUCAAGAAAUUAAUGAUUUAUCGUUGAAAUCUAAAAAUUAUCAUCAUCAUCAUCAUCGUCAGAAGCCUGAAAAAUUGAUUAGUCCACUUACAUCACAACAAUUACAACAUUGUCUCAAUAAAGCUCUUCUUAGAGCAUCACAUAAUGGUUUAAUUAAUUAUAUUGAAUUAUUGUUAAAUACUGGUGCAAGUAUACAUGCAUUAGAUAAAUAUGGAAGAUCAUGUUUACAUUUAGCAGCAAAAUUUGGACAUGUAAAAGUUAUUGAAUAUCUCUUAAAGUACAUUCCAGAAAAACUAAUCGACUUACAAGAAUAUGAAAAGAACCAAACAGCACUACAUAAAGCCGCAGCAAGUCGAAGGAGGGUCAUCUGUAAAAUUCUAAUCACAGCUGGAGCCUGCCCAAUAAUUACUGAUAUUUAUGGGAAACAACCAAGUAAUUUGGCACUAAAAGCAAAUGACCCACAACUUGCUACUUACCUAAAAAGAGAAGAAAUAUUGUUCAUUAUUAAAAAUGGAGUUGAGAAAGUAGAUGUGUAAAGUGGACGAAUGAAGUAACCUUGCAAAGCAUUCCAAACAACCAACUAACAUUUCCCAUCUUUAGAAUAGAACUCUUGCACAAUUUAGUAUAAACUAUUAUUUAUUUCUGUCUAAUAGUAUCUCCAUAGAAUCUCUUAACCGAGAAACUUUUGUAUUCCAUUAUAAUUACGAAUAUAUUAUCAAUAGAAAUAUUGUGCUUUUAAUCUGAAUAAAAUUUACAAUAUUCGCAUCCGAUUUAGCAAGGAACCAUUACAACUAUGAUUUAAACAACUGAAUAAAUGACAAUAAUAGAUGCCUAAAUAUAAUGAAAAACAUAACUGAGCUUUUACAGAAAAAAUAUAUAUAAAUAAGGGCUGUCAUUUCAUCCUUCUCUUAGAGAACAGUCCCAUACCUUUUUUGUCCACCAAGUCUAA